UCCGCUUCCCCUUUCUGAGCUGGCAACAGCAAUUUCAUGAGGACAGAGAGAAAGGUACAACAUGCAAUAUGAUACUUUGUCACUGUCCUCACUCAGGUCCCCAUACCUGGGAAGGGCUUGGCCAGGCUUUGACAACCGCUUCGCCUCACAUGCUGCUCUCUACCAUCAGACAGCUCUCAGAAGAACAGCAUUACGUGGCGGGAGGCCCUGAAGUCUGAGCCAGGGCCAUGGAGGGCUCUGUGCUGAGCCCCACGUCCUGGGAGAAGCGGCGGGCCUGGCUCCGGCAGAGCCGCCACUGGCAGACCCAGGUCUUGGAAGAGGAGGCCGGGGCUGUCCUGCAAGAUGUCUCAGAUCCUGAGCCUUCCAGCCUGGAUGACGUUUUCCAGGAAGGGAAUCCAAUCAGUAAGAUUGAAGACUGGCUACAGGACUGCGGGUACUCUGAAGAAGGGUUUUUUGAGGAAACAGGACAGUCAGGCUACAGUGGGUGCCUCAGCCAUGGAACCAGCUUUGAAGAUGAUUUGACCCUAGGAGCAGAGGCCACACUGCUGGCCGCCCAUGGCAAAGUCUUCUCCAGGAGUCUCCUGGAGACAGCCCGGCCCUUCCAGCUACUGGAUCUUGGCUGCAGUUUGGCUUCCAGCAGCAUGACCAGUGGGACCAACAAGACUAGUUCAAGCAUCUCUGAGAUUCUGGACAAGGUGCAAGAAGAUGCAGAAGACAUCCUCUUCAGUCUGGGCUUUGGCCAAGAGGACCACAAGGACAGUUCUCGGAUUCCUGCCCGAUUUUUCACUACCCCUUCUCAGGCCAAAGGCAUUGAUUUCCAACUCUUCCUGAAGGCCCAGGUGCGGAGGGUUGAGACGGAGGACCCUUGCCUCAUGCUGGCCAGCAGGUUUAAGCAGGUGCAAACACUGGCCGUCACUGCUGAUGCCUUCUUCUGUCUCUACUCCUAUGUGUCUAAGACACCUAUCCAAAAGUUCACACCAUCCCACAUGUUCUGGAACUGCAACCCUGAUGUGCCAUCCAUCAAGAUUCUGGCUCCACAACCUGAACCUCACUCACCCAGAGAGCGCCUCCGGAAAGCCAUCUCCAAGAUGUGCCUGUAUACAUGUCCCCGAGAUCGGCUAUCAGCACCCCAUAAUAUCACCAAAAAGAACAGUUUGGACCAAGUGGUAUGGGAAGUGAUGGACAGAGUGAGAGGAGAUAAACUGGUCUUCCAACAAGACCUUGGGUUUGGGCCAGGCUCAGAGGAAGAAGAUCCUGUUCCUCCCACCAGGGACACAAAGCUGCCCACUUCUUCUGGUCCACGUGCUCUUUGCCAUAAAGAGGAAACACAGCAGGGGAUAUCCACAAUGCAAACACCAUCACAAACUCUGGAUUCGAACCCAGAGGCAACCUGUUGCACACAUUCUUUGCCCAAAGCAGAUCUACAGUGGAGCACAGACCCUGCACAGGUGAAGAGAGAGCUGUGGGGUCUACAGGCCACCAGUAAGGAAGUCCAUUUAGCCAAGGAUGCAGCUUUCUGGAAAAGAAAGAGCAGAGCAAGAAAGAGCCUGUUUCAGGAGAAUCCCAUGAGCAGGAUGGUUAAGUCAUUGGACUUGUCCAUCAUCCAGCAGAGCCAAGAGCGCCCAGCACUGCACCCAUCUCUAACCCAGCAGCUGCAGGACACUUGUGACUUGGAGGACAUGAGAGGGUUGGGGGCAGGAGAGAGGCUGGCAGAGAAAGGCUUUGUAUUCUUGCCAUUGGGUAAAGGGAAUCCAGGCUCCCUGUCCUCGCCAGAUAUCCCAAUUCUUGAACUACAUUCAGAAACUUUUGGGAGUAGGUUAAUGGAGAAGGAUUAAUAGGUGUGAUUUCUUAAGAGCAUCCAGGUUUCCAGAACUUUUCUAAUUCCUCAUCUGAUCUGAUCUUCACUGAAGUUUCUCAUCAAGCACACCUGUCUAUCAUUUGUGGGAUCAGCACAAGAGUAUAAAUAGAGGUCGAUUAUACACUAAGCUAAACACUAUGAAAUAAAGUAUGUUCUCUUCUACAUCAAUAAAUAUGUAACCAUAAA